AGCGGGAGGAGGAGGCGGCAGAGAGCUCAGUGCCGAUACACGCCGGCCACCCUUCCACAGCCUCACUCUCCGUUUUCGCAAUGACUUGUUUGUGAUACGUUUCAUAACACAAGUGCACCCUUUAGACCGAGGGUUACUCUGACACUUGGGAGGAUCGUCAAAAUGAAGCACAAGAAUCUUAUGGCCAAAGCUUUAUAUGACAAUGCACCAGAAUCUCCAGAGGAGCUAUCUUUUCGUAAAGGAGAUAUCCUGAUGGUGAUUGAACAGAACACUGGUGGGUUAGAAGGAUGGUGGCUUUGUUCACUGCAUGGACGACAAGGCAUUGCCCCUGGCAACCGUCUCAAACUUCUUGUGGGGCCUAUCUAUGACAGCUCCACAAGUGAGCCAUCUUCCUCUAUAGCAACACAGCAGUCACUGCAGCAAGGCAUCUAUCAAGUUCCACCAAGCAUGCAUGGCCAUUCCAGCUGUGGAAGUUCUUUUCGAGAUCCUAUCUACCAAGUACCCCCUUCUCAACUGAGUCAGAAUGUAUAUCAGGUGCCUCCCAGUGCGUCAGGCCAAGGUGCACAAGGCCAUGAGAUCUAUCAGGUUCCACCAUCUGUACACAGGAGCCCUUGGGGUGCUGACAGUGCCCCUCUUACAAGCAAGGUCAGAUGUGGACAGGGCUAUUCUCCAGCAAGACAGCAGCAAAGGGUUUACGAUAUCCCACCAGUUCGCCAGCAGGGGCUCUAUGACAUUCCUGCUGCAAUGCUAAAGGGACCCAUGCAUCAGACACAACUGGAAGAAUUUAAAGCCAAAGGACUGUAUGAUAUACCAUCUUGUUUGGGAAAGGAGAAGCAGAGUGUGUACGAUAUUCCACCCGUUUCUUGCAAAGAGGCACUUGGCAGUCAUGACAGAGAAGCUACAUAUGACUUUCCACCCCCAAUGAGACACUUCACCGAUCCCCUUAUAAGCCAUAAAUCUGAGGGGUUAUAUGACAUCCCACCAACUACUGUAAAGCCAUCUUUAAAGCUGAACUCAAUCCAUUCAGGAGGUGGGAUCAGUUCCCUGAAACAGUCCAUUUAUGAUGUCCCACCAACAGUGGUCAAUUCGGAGUUGGUUUCAAAAAAGCAAUGUGUUUAUGAUAUUCCACCAACCCACCAACAAUCUCCACAGAAAGACAUCUAUGAUAUUCCACGAGGUUUGCAAGACUUUGAACAAUCUGCAUCAGGAGUAGAAAAUACUGUAUAUGACGUUCCGCCACAGGUUUCCCAAGAUGUUAAGGCGGUACAAGAUAUGACUGAUGGAAUGAACCGUUUGUCAUUUUCUAGCACAGGUAGUACACGAAGUAAUAUGUCUACAUCUUCAACGACAUCAAAGGAAUCUUCUGUUUCAGCCUCACCAUUGCCAGAGAAGAAGUUACUGCUAGAUUUAGAUUCUGCAUUUGAGAGACUGACUCAACUGCAGCAGAAUGUAGAUACCUCAAUAAAGGGACUCAUGGCUUUUGUCAAUCCUAACUGGCGAUCUUAUGAAAUAAUGGAAAAAAACCUGAAUGAAAUACAUGCUUGCGUUGACAAGGUAAAGCAUUCAUUGCUGGGAUUCCUUGGGUUUGCCCAGGGAGCCUUAGUGAAUGCAUCACGUUUAUCAGAUAUCAGUCUUCACAACAAGCUGAAAAAGCAAAUGCAGCGAUUGGAUGACUCCUACCAGAUUUUAGUCCAGACCAGCCAGGCACUGGAUAACACCAACUGGUCCUUGAACAUCUUGGUGGUAAACCGGUCCCAUAAUAAAUGUGAUAAUUUAGACCGUUUUGUUAUGGUGACAAAGACUAUACCAGAUGACAUUAAGCAGUUAGCAUCUUCUAUGAGCACAAAUGCAGAACUCUUAUUCAAACAAGGUGUUGGAAUUACAAACCUAGAGACGGUCCAUGAAAUAAACCAAGUGACCGUUGGUGACAAGAGUACUACAAGCUUUAAUCAGCUCCAUUCACAAGGAGAUAAGACAAUGAUUCAGAUUAGGCCUUUGCAUAGUCCACCACAGUUGGAUCAUGAGGAUCACAUUAAAAGCAAAGAAAUCAUUGAUAAAAGUUGGAUGGAAGACUACGAUUAUGUCCAUUUGCAGGGGAAAGAUGAAUUUGAGAGACAACAAAGAGAACUUCUGGAAAAAGAAAAUAUUGUCAAACAGAACAAGAUGCAACUGGAGCAACAUCAGCUAAAUCAAUUUCAGGAACUGGAAAAAGAAAUCACAAAACCAGUGGAAAAUGAUCUUUCAAACUGGAAAGCACCACAGCACAUUCCUCAGAAGAGCAGCAGUCUCAGCUCUCAAGAUAAACAACUUCUCUUCUUCUACUCUGAACAGUGUGAGACUCAUUUUGUAACACUGCUGAAUGCCAUUGAUGCCUUCUUCAGCUCAAUCAGUAGUGGACAGCCACCCAGAAUCUUCGUGGCUCAUAGCAAAUUCAUUAUCCUCAGUGCUCAUAAACUUGUAUUUAUAGGGGACACAUUAUCAAGACAAGCUAUGGCUCAAGAUGUUCGGAAUAAAGUAUUAAACUAUAGUAAUCUACUUUGUGAACUUCUUAAAAGCAUUGUCAUGGCAACAAAGACAGCUGCCUUACAAUAUCCCAGCAUAGCAGCGGUUCAGGAAAUGGUGGACAAGGUCACAGAACUAUCGUAUCACUCUCAUCAAUUCAAAGUCCUGCUGCUGCACUUGGCAUCUUUAUGAAGAGACAUUAUAGUUAAAUUCUGAAUAACAAAAAGCUGUUCUUUAAAGAAUCAAUAUUGUAUUAAAAUGACACACUCAUUGAGUGUUCUGUGUUCAUGUGGAAUUUUUUUUAUAUCACUAUGUAUUUUGCUAUAUUUCUCAUGCUGACUUCAUCAGUGAAACUAUUUUCAUUCUUCACAGGCAUAUGAUAUUUGAUCAUAUAAAUUUUUAUGUGGCCUAUAUUGCUCAGAAUCAUGCUGUGUACCUAGUAUAAUCACACAUUAAGUCAUAUAGUUUACUACUUUACAUUUAACACUGCACUUUGGAAUAUCUUUUAGUAUCAUAUAUUGUAGCAAAUUUGCAUUUCAGCAGCAAUCAAACCAGUUAUAGCUUUGUUUAUAACUGUACAUAUUUAUUUGGCAAUUGAAAUGGAUGAAUGGAGAAUAAAUCAUCACUAAAAGAGAUUUUCUCUUGCAUCAGAGGAGAGAGGCAGCGAUUUUUAAUGGAGUUAGUUAAUAUCAAGGAAGUUUUGAUUCAUUUGUAUUUCAGAAAUGAUGAUGUUGGUCAGGUACAGGAUUGAUUCCAUAAUCCUCUGUUCCAAAAGGAAGCUAAAUUCACAAGAGGACGCAUUGAAGAUGCACAGGAAUGAUUUCUUGAUGGUGAAAAUUGGUUGGGGAAAAAAGCAUGGCUGGAUAUCAAUGACCGGCUCCCUGCAGGUGUCUGUAACAUGACCACAAUAAUUAAGUAGUUUUCUAAUUUAUACAUUCAUGCUAUCACCAGAGGGAUAUACUUAAAAUUUAGGAAUUCUCCAGGUUUUUUCCCAUCACUGAGUUUGCAAAAAUACAAACUGGAGAAUUUCAUAUCCCUUCCACAUCCCAAUCAUCCUCCUUAAGAUUAUGAAGCAGAAAAGUCACCUGCUACUUUUUUUAAAAAUUAGCUUGUACAUUUAUUGUACUGUUUUUUUUUUCUGUUUUAAUCAUCAUUGCCUUACUCCAUUAUUUAUUUUAUUCUAACAUUGUCAAAUGAAACUGUAUUCAGUACUUAAUACUUACCCUGUACACCCUGUAAAUAUCUACACUGAUUGCCAAGUCAGUAACAGUUCAAGGAUAUUGAACAAGAAUCAGUACAAUUUUAUACAGAAAUGUCCAUAAAUGCUGCCCUUGCACCUUUGAAGUCUGGGUAACUCACUCUUAAAUUAUGCUUCGUUUUUUAUUUGUUGUUUUGCCCUGUUUGAAUUUUGUAGCCAAUAGUUUUAAAAGUGCCGCUAUGUUUUUACCUUUUUGAUUAUUAAAUCUUAAAUCAAAACAUAGAGAUUUUUAGGAUCAGCAACUUUUUGAUGCUUGCAAAUUUGGGGGAAUAUGAAGUAUUCUGAUUGACGUCUAUAUGACUUUCAAGGAUAAAAAUUGAAACCCCUUACUUUCAUACACUGAGAAUAGAUUUCCUUGAUGGAAUCAUAGUUUAUUCCAGCAGCUAGUUCUACAUUACUAAUCUGAUUAUAAAUGUUCUUUCAGCCAACUCUUUUCAGUUGAUCACAUGCCUUCCUUCAUUUGUUAUUAACUCUCCCAAUGUAGAUUCUCAUUUUUAGUUCAUCUCUAGUUCCUGUUGAAAAGGUGAUACAUAAGCUUCCUCCUUCACUACAGUCUCUGUGGUAUCUCCAGAGCAUUCUUGGGAUUGGACUUUGGACAGUGUUACAUCUGAUUGCAGAUAUAAUCUAUUUGUCCUAAUUGAGUCAUGUUUAAAGUAGAAUCUACAAUGCAGGAAAUGUGUGUGUAACUUGUUUACAGGUAGAAGGAAAAAAAAAGUCAGAAUCUAUGUUGUGCUCUUUAUCACUGUCAUUAAGUUUGUAGAUUUAUGAUUUAUUCAUAGCAGAUUAUAUUGCUUUAUGGAUGAAAAUAUGGUUUCAUGAACUGAACUGAAAUCCUUAAAGCAAAUGUGCAGCAAGAAAUUAACAUUGAGACUCUGUUCAUUCCCUGACAUUGCUAGAACUGGAAAUUUACUUUAAACCCUUCUGAAUAUCAUAGAACAUUUUCUUAUUAUUCUGUUAAAAAAUAUAAAUAUAUCUCGACUGAAAAAAUUAAAUGGUUUUGAUAUGGUUUUAGAAAAUGGAAGAUUGUUUUAUUUUUCAUACUUUAAUCAUCCAUUAAAAUGGGAGGUAAUACCUCCAUGUAAGCACCCUUGGUGCUGGAGGAACACUGUCUCGUUUUUACUGUACCUGUUGUAUAUGGUAGAAAUGACAAAUAAAAAGCUGCUUUUAUCUACCAAA